UGACAUUUCAGGUUACAUUUAGGCGAAGUCAGUGCACUCGUAGCCUCUUAAGGUUCGUCACGCGUUCCUUCUUCGUGGAGAAGGAACGCGUGACGAGCCCUAAGAGCAUCUGCGUGGCUAGUGCACCCAUCGAGUCACUCGAGUUAAUCGAAGGCCGUUAUUCGUCAUGUUCGGUGAUAUAUUAGGCGUUCUUUUUUCCUUUCAAGGCGUCCUGUUACUCAUUGUUCUUGUACUUACUUUGUACAUUACCUGUAAUUUGUUCUGCGAUGUUCGUGUGGCGGAUCUGGAGAAGAAAGCCGUUCUGAUCACGGGAUGUGACAGUGGAUUCGGUUACGAGCUGGCGAAGAAGUUAGAUGCUCUGGGUUUGCGAGUGUUUGCCGCCUGUCUCACCUCCGAAGGAGAAGCGAAGCUGACAAAGGAAUGUUCACGUGAACUGAGGACAUUCAAACUCGAUGUUACUAAGGACGGUGAUGUUCAGAAAGCCUUAGAAGUCGUGAAAUCAGGCCUGCCUUCCCAAGGUUUGUGGGCAGUGGUAAACAACGCGGGAAUUUCAUUUCCCGGAAUGAUUGAAUGGCAGACUGUGGAAGAAAUGAAAAGAGUUGUUGAUGUUAACGUUUGGGGGAUGGUAUCUGUCACCAGAGCAUUCCUGCCGCUGCUCAAAAGAACCAAGGGACGUGUUGUCAACAUUGCUAGUUGCCUGGGACGAGUUGCCAUCCGGGGAGCGGCAGCUUACUGCAUCUCCAAGUUUAGUGUACAAGCAUUUUCGGAUACUUUGCGCCGUGAAAUGCCGCAUUUUGGAGUCACAGUUCACAUAAUCGAGCCUGGGUUUUUUAAAACGAACAUAACAGAUACUAAAACGACUGUCCAACGUAUAGAAGCAUUGUGGGAAAACCUCGACGCCAACACCAAAGAAAGUUACGGGAUAGAGUAUUUUGAAAAAGGUAAGAAAAUAUAUUUGAUCUUUAUUUCUAGAUGGCUGAAGUCACCAAAUAUUUACAAGGUUGUCAAUGCCCUGACUCAUGCAGUGACCUCUACACGACCUAAGCUGCGGUAUGUCAUAGGAUGGGAUCACAAGAUUUUCUGGAGAACACUUUCAUAUCUACCAUCUGAAAUACAAGAUAAAGUGUUGGGGCUGCUUUUGUAGGUCCUUGUGAGGAUUUAAGUGCCAUAAAGGAACAUGAAACAUUAAUUUGAUGUUCCAGUUGUGCUCCAUCACAAGGUGUUAAUAGUUUGUAGACCAUGAGUUAACCUGUUUAGGGCUGUCAAUAAGGGCCGUAACCCGUAACACCUGUAAAUACGGCUGAGUAUUUUUGAUGGACCCUUGAUGUAAUACAUCGAACACGGUCUUUUGACCAC